GCGAAAAAAAGAAAGAAACGACAUGGGAAGGCGGGCGUUUGGCUGGUUUAGGCAGGCGGUCCGGACAGAGGACUCGUGGACAAAGUCCAGCUUCGAUGCGUGGAAGCAGCAGGUCUCUGACACAUCGGGAAUAAUGGCGGCGUCCUAUUUGCUCCGCCGUCUUCGUAAACCCUAACCGCUCCUUCUCCGAUCCCCUUCCGGUAUCUCGACUCAUCAGGGAAUGGCGAUGGAGGCGACGAAGUUGUUGUACGUAGUUGUAGUAGAUGGCGACGACGGGAAGGAGGAGAAGAACUCGUUUCGGUACACGCGUUCUGUUCUGCAGAGUACUUUGCAGCUCAUGGGGUGUAAGGCUAGACACGCUUUUAAGAUUAGCCAAAGGGUUUUAGAGGAGAUGAAAAGCAAGUACAUGAACAAUAGUUUGGAUUCGGCGAGUACAGACAAAUCCGAGCAGUAUAGUGUAAAUGAACUUGUACAGGAAGAAAACUAUCAUAACAAGAACGAACCAUUUGAGUUGUAUAAGAAGCGCACAACUGUUGUUGUCAGAAGAAAAACCUUUAUAGAUGUUAUUUGUGAUGCUCUCACUGAAUACAAGUAUGUGGGCACAAAUCAGAGGGCUGAUUUAACUUUAGCUUGCAGAAUCCGAGAAAGGAAGGAAUCCAUCACAAUACUCCUUUGUGGGACAAGUGGCUGUGGCAAAUCUACUUUGUCUGCUCUACUGGGAAGCAGGUUGGGAAUCACAAAUGUAAUAUCCACAGACUCAAUUAGGCAUAUGAUGAGGAGCUUUGUGAGUGAAAAUCAAAAUCCUUUACUGUGGGCUUCAACUUAUCAUGCUGGGGAAUAUUUAGAUCCAGUAGCAGUUGCUGAGGCGAAGGCCAAACGGAAGGCAAAGAAGUUGGCAGGGUAUUCUACUACACAACUACAAAAGAAUGAUUGUUCUAAUUAUUCAACGAAUAAAAAUUAUCCUGCAGAGGGGAGUUCUAGUGCUGUUGAUUUAAUCAGUCCGAAACAGAUGGCAAUUGAAGGGUUUAAAGCACAGAGCGAAAUGGUUAUUGAUAGUCUGGACAGAUUAAUUACUGCAUGGGAAGAGAGGAAAGAAUCAGUUGUUGUGGAGGGUGUUCAUUUGAGCCUUAAUUUUGUGAUGGGAUUAAUGAAAAAGCAUCCAUCAAUCAUACCCUUCAUGGUGUUUAUUGCGAAUGAAGAGAAGCAUUUGGAACGUUUUGCCGUCCGUGCAAAAUACAUGACGCUAGAUCCUGCUAAAAACAAGUAUGUCAAAUACAUACGCAACAUCAGGACCAUACAAGAGUAUCUCUGCAACAGAGCUGACAAGCAUCUAGUUCCAAAGAUUAACAACACUAAUGUGGACAGAAGUGUUGCAUCCAUUCAUGCUACUGUGUUUGGCUGCCUGCGGAGACGCAGUGCGGGAGAGAAGCUUUAUGAUCCCAUGACAAACACAGUGCCUGUUGUUGAUGAGGAAUACAGGAAUCAGUCUGCUGCUAAUUCUUUGAGCUCUAAGGGUAUGUUUCAGCUCAUUCAAAGAAAAGGCUCUUCAAGGCAUUUGAUGGCUCUUUUCAAUAAUGAUGGGUCGGUAGCGAAGACUUGGCCAGUGGAUUCAAUAGAUAGCAGUGGCAAACCCAUUACGGACAGCAGGGUUGGGAUGUCUGUGUAUGAACCACUGCAGAUUGGGAAGGCCGAACCUGUGAAUCUCCAGUUUGGGUAUCUUGGGAUCAGCGCUUGGCUCGGUGAGACUGGUUGCACAAGUCAUGCAAGUAGUGUGGAUGAAUCAAAAGGAGACUUCACAGACAAUGGCAGUAGGUAUUAUUCUUCCUGCUGCAGUUCUCCAAGAUUUCUUGAAGGGAUAUCCAAGGAUUCCAAGGAACUGAAGGAAGAACAAUCUGUACAUGGUAGUGAUGAAGAACUAUCUGAGCCACCUGAAAUGGAAAGUGAUGAGGAUUUAAGUGACGACAGCUCAAAACAUUUUCAUGAAGAGUUGGAAGGGUCUGUGGAUGAGGAGUAUACAAAAUCAGAUGAGGAGUAUGAUGAUCUAGCAAUGCUGGAUGUACAACAGAAUGGCGACAUCCCCGACAAUGACGAGAGAUUUAAGAACUUCGUGUUGAGUGACAAGGUGGUACCGGUCUCGGGUGACCAGAUACCCGAGGAAUCAAACGACAGUAGAGAAACUGAGAAAGAGAACACAAGUAGUUUCUGCAGGACCAAGAGUGAGACAUUCUUGGAGCCAUCACUAUGCUGCAACUCUUUCCACAGGGUAAAGAAUGAGAAGAGAGCCCCCUGUAAUGGCAGCUUGAGAAUUAGAAAGCGGUCUCUUAGCAUUCCCUCCCUCAGCAGACAUAGAUCGAUGGUAUCGAACGAGUGCACCCUUCCCAAUGAGUUUUCGAGGUAGAGUGGGGCCACAUAUAUACUCCCUCUUUUCUAUAUUAAUUGACCAUUAUGAUUGUCUUGAUACAUUAAAAACGAAUGAAUGUAGACAAUCUCUAUGUCUACAUUCGUUCAUUUUUUUGAACCAAAAGCAAAUAUAUUUCACCACCAAAUGUCAAUGAAAACAACAUAUUACAAAGAACAGGAGGACAAUUACUACAUUCGUUCAUUUUUUAAUAUAUCAAGAAAGUCAUAAUGAUCAGUUAAUAUGAAAUGAAGGGGGGUAUAAACGUUGGAUGGCCUCGUUCUUUUGUACAUUGUUUCGUCGUAUGGUCAUUCUCAUCACAGACCACAGUAAGUUUUAUUUCUCCAUUUUGAUGUUAUUGACUGCUUGUUCUUGAACCUCAUUCAUGGUGUUUUUGUGCAAAGAGCAAUUGGUGUGUUCUUUCGUGAAUCCAUACUAAUCGUUUUCAUCUCGAGUCUUUCUCUCUAUGCAUCUUGCUCACAGAGAAGUUCACAUGUAUUUACAAAAUGUGAAUCAAGUUAGGCCUAAUGAAUUUUAUCUAUAUAG